GAACCAGUUACAUUUGAGGACGUCACUGUGGUCUUCACGGAGGCAGAAUGGAAGAGACUGAGCUGUGAGCAGAAGAACCUGUACAAGGAGGUGAUGCUGGAGACGUACAGGCAUCUGCUCUCGUUGGGUGAGGAUGUGCUCUUUCCCUCAUUAAUUCAGUAG